CCAGUGAUACUAGUUAUCACAUCCACCACAUGACCAUGGCUACCGCCUCAGCUUCGCUAGCUAUCGCCCUCCUGUUCGCCAGCUUCCUGGCAGGCACGGUGUUCGGUGAUGAUGCCAUACCUCUGCCCAUACCCUUGUUGGAGCGGUUCCAUGCCUGGCAGGCUGAAUACAACCGCACCUAUGCGACCCCAGAGGAAUUCCAGUACCGCUUCAAGAUCUACUGCGAGAAUGUCAAGUUCAUCGAGACCAUGAACCGGCCCGGGAACUCAUAUGAGCUCGGUGAGAACCAGUUCACUGACCUCACCCAAGAGGAGUUCGAGGACACGUACCUCAUGAAGCUCGAUGAGGUGGCCUCGGCCCCUGAGGCCAUGGGACAGCUCGGCACCAUGAACGUGAUGGGCAACGCCGAUGAGGCCCCCAACAGUGUGGACUGGAGGACCAAGGGAGCCGUGACACCGGUCAAGAACCAGCAGCAUUGCGGCUCUUGCUGGGCGUUUGCCGCGGUGGCGUCCAUCGAAGGUGUUCACAAGAUAAACACAGGACGUCUCGUGUCGCUGUCGGAGCAGGAGAUCGUGGACUGCGACCGUGGGGGGAAUGACCACGGCUGCCAUGGCGGUCACCCUAGCUCCGCCAUGGCAUGGGUCGCACGCAACGGCGGCCUGACCACCGAGUCGGACUACCCGUACGUGGGAAGGCAGGGACAGUGCAGGCGCGACAAGCUUGGUCACCACGCGGCCACGAUCCGUGGCGGCUGGGCGGUGCAGCGCAACAAUGAGGCCAUGCUGGAGAGGGCCGUGGCCAGGCAGCCGGUCACCGUGCUCAUCAACGCGAGCCGGGCCUUCAAGUCCUACAAGCGCGGGGUGUUCUCAGGCCCCUGCAACACCUCCCUGAACCACGCCGUUACGGUUGUCGGGUAUGGCGCCGACACCGGUGGCCGCAAGUACUGGAUCGUCAAGAACUCGUGGGGGCAGACGUGGGGCGACACUAGUAGAGAAACGACUUUCCAUCCACCCCCUUUUGUCCCGGUUUAAAGUUGGCCCGGGAUAAAAG